AUGAGAAGGAGGAGUCCUGUUCGUGGUGGAAGAAGAUGUGGAAAGCGCUGGAGCUGGCAGGCGGACAAGCAGCUCGGGGGUAUACUCGCAUGGAUGGCGGCCGCGGGGGCAGCGGAUGAGGUUCCAGUUCUCCUUGUGCCGUACUACUGUACUCACUUCUCCAUCAUCCUACGGUCUGUAGAAGUGUUCAAGACGUGCUGCGCCAAGCGCCGAUCUGGGGGUCUUCAAGACGCGCUGCGGAGCCACAGGGGGACCUGGCACGAACGAGUCACUUGGGGUGUGAAAAACCAGGCUGCAGUCGAAGUUGGCCGACCAGAAACGGGCCGAGCAGGAACGCGCCGGGCAGGAACGCGCCGAGCAGAGUCGGGCCGAGGAACACACAAGAUUGGAGCGGGGCGGAACCAAUGUCGCUCCCGAUUGACGCAGUUACUCGUCGGGGAAGGGAGAUGCGGAGCACGUGUUUCGGGUGCAGGUUGCUUCCUUUGCAGAGUUAGAUAGUCUCACUAGAGAGAAUCACGAAACUCUGGAGGAGGUGAAACGGCUCAUCAGAAAACCUGCCAA